AUGUCGAAGGUCUCAGUUGCAGGUGUGCGCACCAACGUACAACAACUCCUCGACUACUCUUUGAACGAGAAGAAGAGGAACUUCCUCGAGACUGUCGAACUGCAGAUCGGCCUGAAGGCGUAUGACCCGCAGCGUGACAAGCGUUUCUCUGGCAGCAUCAAGCUCCCCACGGUGCCGCGCCCGAACAUGGCAAUCUGCGUUCUAGGCGACCAGCACGACAUUGACCGCGCCAAACACGCCGGCGUCGACGCCAUGUCCGCGGACGAUCUCAAGAAACUCAACAAGAACAAGAAGCUGAUCAAGAAGCUCGCGCGCAAGUACGACGCCUUCCUGUCCUCCGAUUCCCUGAUCAAGCAGAUCCCGCGUCUCUUGGGCCCCGGUCUCUCCAAGGCCGGCAAGUUCCCCACGCCCAUCUCCCACAACGAGGAUCUCAACGGCAAGAUCACCGAGGUCAAGAGCACGAUCAAGUUCCAGCUGAAGAAGGUGCUGUGCAUGGGCGUCGCGGUCGGGAACGUCGGCAUGACCGAGGACGAGCUGAUCAGCAACAUCAUGUUGGCCAUCAACUACUUGGUGUCGCUGUUGAAGAAGGGCUGGCAGAACGUGGGCAGCUUGACCAUCAAGGCCAGCAUGAGCCCGCCUAAGAGAUUGUACUAG